UAAAAAAUAUGAAAAUUCAUAAAGAUAUCAAUGUCAAAAACCAUUAUCAUCUAAUUCAAAAACUAAAUCAUUAGUUCCAUUUUAAUCGUAAUUAAAACUUUCCUUCGAGAUUUUGGGCAAUGGAACGACGAACCAACUACACUCGUCUAAGAUCCACAGUAAUCCAGAAACUACCCGAAGGUGUUUUCGACGAUAAACCGUUGAUUCACGUUGAAAAUGCAGGACCGAACGACUACGAAAAACACGAAUCCGCCCAUUCCAAACGCCGUUAUCUGCGGGAAUGUUCUCAAAACCUAUACAAAGAGUUAGUAACCACUACUGAGGUUAUACUUGACAGUUUAAAAUCGGUAAAGAGGGAAGACAAUCCAAGUACAUACGACAGCAAAUCCAACGGCUUCAUUAGCAAACUGCGCAAGAAAUCCAAACUAAAAAAAUGCAUAUCGUACGAAGAAAUAUGCCCGUUUUACGAAACAGUCCUGGACGAAACGAGCCAGCCCAAAAUUAAAAAGCGACCUAUAAAUAAAACUGCCGAUGGUAAAUUCGACAAUUCCUUCUUGCGCACCGAAAUGAAGAUGUGUGACGAAAAGGUGUUCAAACAGAAAACGCGGUCCUACCUGGAGAAUCUCAAAAAAAAUGGAAUCACAGAUCUUAGAUACGAAUAGUAUAGAUUCUGAAUAAUGUACGGCAAAUCAUCGGUAUCACAACGAAACGUAUAUACAUAGAAAUUGGGGCGAAAUUCAAUAACUAUUGUGGAUAAAUAUUAAAUUCGUUUUGUGAAAUGUAGAAGUAACAAUUAAAAUGUGAAUUGAUUUUGUUAUUUUACGAAUUAGAGUUUAAUUGAUUUCAAUUCAAAAUUAACAAAAAAUUAACAUUGUAAUUAAAUAAGUUAAUUGAAAAC